UCCAAAACUGCCCCCUUUUUUCCAUCUGCACACGGUAGAAAAAUCCUAUUAAGCUGCAAGCUCUGACCUUUGCUUUUCUUUUCUCAUUUUCUUUCCUUCUUCUCGCCGUCCGUGCUCUCUGGCGUCUUGGUUUCUUCUGCUUGUAGUUUGUUAAGUUGUGUGGUAUUUUUUGUGAGAUCGGAGAAGGUGUUGACGGUUCGAGAGCGAUGCAGCUGUAGGCUCGCUGCUACGGCUGCUGGAGAUGCUUUGGUCUACGUCAGGUGGGUAGGGCUUUGCUUGUAUAUUGGUAACAAGAAGUGGAAUCUUGUCUAUUUGAAUGUCUUUGAUUUCUUCGAGCUUCCGAUAUUCAUUGCGAUUGGAUGAUUACAAUGUGUAAUGCAUGCAAUGAUGGGCAGAAAGUACUGGGUUGUGGGUUUGAUUGUAAAAGCUACAGUACUUCCUACUGCCUUGAUCUUGACAAAAAAGAAUACACAUUAGCUACAGACAUAAAGCACCUAAUGUACUCUCAUGCUUUUCUGUUGGACAAGUAUGUAACGGAUCAGCGUUUAACAACUGAAUUGAUUGCUAAGACUAAGCCUAAGACUCCUACCUGCAGUUUUCCAGCACGACUUUCGCCGGAUCCAUUGAUCUCUGCUUCUGACUGUGGCAACUCAAUAUCUGAGAUGAAUUCUCACGUCAGGGAAAAUGGAGAUGAAACUGUAGAUAUUCAGCUCGAGCAACCAAAAAUAUCUACUAGACAUGGAGAAGUGACUGCAAGUAAGGUCUUUUCAGAGAUUUUCGAUGCCUCAAGUUCUGAUUUAGCAACUGGAUUGGAUAGAAUUGGGGAGGCCACAUUGUCAGGAGAAACUUUUAGAUCAAGAGCCUUUGCUCUAGAAAGUCAUGAAAAUGGUAAAGAUGAGAGGCUUCAUCAUGUUGACAACAAUCAAGGAGAUCUACUAUCUGUAGGCUCAAGGGCUGGGGAUGAUCUAGAUAAGGUUGAGAACGGGAUUUCAAGAAGUAAUUCAUUAGUAUUAUCUCUUUUGAAAACAGAUCCUCUUAUUUGGAAGCCACCAGAGGCAGCAAAUAUUGAAGAUGAUAUGGAUAGUAUUGCAAAUAAUGAUGAUGAUGACGAUGAGGACUACAGUGAUGGCACAAAAUGGGGACAAUCUACUUCUUUAGGAGAUUUUGAUAAAAUUAAUGGAAAUAGCUACAAGGAAGCACGCCAAAAAGCAAUGGUGGCAGCAAUGAAUGGGCAAUUUAAGAUUCUUGUAAGUAGGUUUUUGGCGUCUGAAGGACUUCCCUCUAUUGAUGAAGGCCAUGAUCUUGGCUGGCUUGACAUUGUUACUUCUUUAUCCUGGGAAGCUGCACUUUUUAUUAAGCCUGAUGCAAAGGAGGGAAGAGCUAUGGAUCCAGGAUCCUACGUGAAAGUAAAAUGUGUUGCAACUGGUGCUCCCAGUCAGAGUCAGGUGAUCAAGGGUUUAAUUUUCAAGAAAAAUGCUGCUCACAAGCACAUGCCAACGAAAUUCAAAAAUCCAAGGCUUCUACUGGUCAAAGGGGUCCUCGGGCAUAGUGAGCUUGGGUUGUCAUCAUUUGAUUCAAUGGAUCAGGAAAAAGACCACUUGAAGUCAAUCAACGAAAUGAUAGAAGCUUGCCAUCCGAAUUUGGUUUUGGUGGAGAAAUCCGUCUCACGUGAUAUACAAGAGUUUCUGCUAGCUAAGGGAAUGACUUUGGUAUUUGACAUGAAAAUUGCACGUUUAGAAAGAAUCGCUCGCUGCACUGGUUCUCAGAUUAUUCCUUCUGCUAACAUUCUGACUAACCGAAACAUCAAGCAGUGUGACUCAUUCCAUAUUGAAAAGUUAACGGAAGAACAUAACGGUUCUACUGAAGCUGGAAAAAGGACAAGCAAAACUUUGAUGUUUCUGGAGGGUUUUUCCAAACCCUUGGGAUGCACGAUAUUGCUUAAAGGGGCUCAUAUUGAUGAACUAAAGAGAGUUAAACGAGUUGUUCAAUACACCAUCUUUGCAGCAUAUCAUUUGAUACUGGAAACAUCAUUUUUUGCUGAUCAAAGAGCUCUGUUCUCUAACAUAGAUAGUUCAGAAGGCAAUGAUGAAUCAACAGAUAAAGCAGUCCCAAAAAUUGUUGUUGGUGCUGCACAAUACUCAAAUUCGUCCGACACUCCUGCUUCUAAUGGCUUUUUGGAAUAUUCAGCUCAUGAAGGGUUUUACACUGCACAUCUUGAUGUGAGCAUAUCUUCAGAUGACCCUAGAUUUGUUGGUAAUAUUGAUUUUUGUGAAGAUAACUUUAAGCAAGGACAUCUUCCCAGGAGUUUAUCCAAUGAAAAUACUGUGAAUCAUUCUAGCUCAUUAUCAUCCUCUGAUCUUUCUAUGCAGCUAAUGUCAUCUUUCUCAGCCUCUCUUAGGAACUUACUGUCAGACAACAGAUUGAGGCCUUUUGCAUCCGAGUCCAUUUCAUCCUUCUGUGCUUUCAAAGAUGAGGAACAUGAUCAUCCAACUUUGAAUGGCCUACCUAUUUCUUCAUCUGCUGGGAUUAUGGAUGAUGGGAUAGAUGCAAAUGAAAACAUCAUGGAAGAUAUGCCAAACUAUGAAAGGUCUGAGACCUUGUCAAUUUCGAGUGAACCUGCUCAAUACUCUAAUGCUGUUACUACAAACAAAAUUGAAACUGAAGGCAAGGAUGACAGUGAUGGUGUAUUGAGCUCUGAGAGCAUAUUGGUUCUUUUGUCCAGUCAAUGUAUUGAAAAAGGGAUUGUUUGUGAACAGAGCCAUCUUUCUCGCAUAAAGUACUACGGGAAUUUUGAUGUCUCUCUUGGACGCUACCUUCAAGAUGUUUUACUCAACCAGAAACAUGCCUGCUCUUCAUGCGGUGAACCACCAGAAGCUCAUAUUUACUGUUAUACCCACCAAAAUGGAAAUCUUACUGUUCUAGUUAGGCAGCUUCCUCCAACUUCAUCUUUAUUAGGAGAAACAGGGGGGAAAAUUUGGAUGUGGAGUCGAUGCUUAAAAUGUGAGCAUGAAAAUGGGAUCCCAAGAUCAACUAAGAGAGUUGUGAUGUCUACUGCAGCUCGUAGUCUAUCCUUUGGCAAGUUCUUAGAGCUCAGUUUUACCAGCCACUCUGCAGCAAGUAGGUUAUCUUCUGAAUGUGGGCAUUCACUUCAUAGGGACUGUCUUCGCUUUUUUGGAUUGGGCUCCAAAGUUGCAAUGUUCAGAUAUUCACCGGUUGAAAUUUAUGAUGCAUGUAAGCCACCCCCAGUACUUGAGUUUCCUAUCCCAAGUGAACAAGAUUGGGUUGUGCAAGAAGCAAAAUCUUUGCUUCAAAGGGGAGAGAGAUUUUUCUCAGAAGUUGCGAACUUCCUAUGCAAUUUGAAGACGAGUUGUUCAGGUCCUUUCUCUGAGCAAUAUAAGAACUUUCCUGGUUUUGUAAAAAGCAUAUGUGAAGCAGAAGAUAUGUUAAUUCAAGAAAAAGCUGAAUUUAAGGCUGCUUUGUUUAAAUCUGUCAACUAUUCCGGGCAACAAGAGAAGUCUGUGAAUGAAAUUCUAGGCUUGAAUUGGUUCAAUCAGGAGCUACUUCUUGUGCUUUUCAUUUGGGAUCGUCGUUUGCAUCAGUUUUCACAAAUCAGUAAAGACUUUGACCGAUCACAGGAUGCUGAAAAUGAAAGAUAUAUGGGGAAAGGCAGCAUAGAAAUUGGUGAAAUAACAUCUGGAAUACCAAAUCAUUCCCCCAUUAACGUUCAGCAAUCCACUUCUGAUAGCAGUUACAAUAAUCAAAAUCACUGUUAUCCAGAAACUGAUACAGCCUACAACUCUGCUGAAAUUUCCCAAAGUUCAGGGUUUGAUGAGAUGGAAGCUUCAAUAGAAGCGGCCUCUUUUGAACCAUCUGCUGCAGAAAAUGCACCGAGUACUGUGGGGCAAAAUUUGGAUUCUGAAAAUUCAGCUCUUUCUACUUCACCUGACAUCAGUUCGACUAAAGAGUAUGAGGAAGAAUGUUCUGGACAUAGUGAUAUAUAUGACUUAGAGAUGGUGAAUGACAAUGCGAUUAGUGGAAUUGGAUUAUUUUUUGCUUCCGCGUUGAAGGGACAGCUUUCAAGUGCUAGGCUGUUCAAGGAUUCUCCUGAUUUUGAAGACCCUGAAAGCUUGAUUUGGAUUCCUUUCUCUGAACUCCGCAUUGCAUUGAAAAAAGACCUAGAUGGUGGUUACUUGCAUAAAUUUUCAUUCAUCCGUACUUACACUCCAAAAUAUUUGAGCCCUAUCCAUCAGUUCUUUCCCCAAGAACGGGGUUUGUUGUACUACCCUGUUGGCACUAGUAGAACGAUCCUGUCUGUCAGUGAGGAUGAAAUAUCCAGCAUUAUUGCCUGUGCAUUGGCCCUCUCUGAUGACCAAAAUUGUUUCUUAGAAACCAUGGAUAUGAAGAACUCAUAUGAAGGCAAACUAGAGCCCGAUAAAGAAAUUGAUAAUACAUCUAACCUUGUCUCCGAGAGUUCUGUGACUUCAUCUCAUUGGUCAUCUAAUGCAUCUUUUGAUCCUGUAGGAAUGCAUCUUUCACGAAGCUUCUCUUCAUUUUCCUCAGAUGAAUUUUCUGCCUUGGCUUUAGAAAGUGGAUUAUCCAUGGAUCGUUUGAUAACUUCUGAAAAUCUUCAUCCUGAAGUCCCACUAGGCAUUGGGAAAGAAGUCUCAAAGAAGUAUUCUGUUGUAUGUAUCCAUGCAAAGCAAUUCUAUGCUCUUCGAAGGAUGUGUUGCCCUUCAGAACAGGCUUACAUAUCUUCACUAAGCCGAUGCAGGAAGUGGGAUGCUCAGGGUGGAAAAAGCAAGGCCUUUUUUGCCAAAACGAUGGAUGACAGGUUCAUUAUUAAGCAAAUCAAGCGGGCCGAGCUUGAUUCCUUCUUGAAAUUUGCACAAGAUUAUUUUAAGCAUAUUACUCACUCUCUAAGCACAGGUAGUCAAACUUGUCUUGCAAAAAUCCUGGGAAUAUAUCAGAUUAGACUAACUAAAAGUGGAAAGGAAGUGAAGAUUGAUCUGAUGGUGAUGGAAAAUCUCCUCUUUGGUCACAAUGUGACACGCACAUAUGAUUUGAAAGGUGCUGUCUUUUCUAGAUACAUUUCAGAUGUAAAUGACACUGAGAAAGUUCUUCUGGAUCAGAACUUUGUGGAAGAUAUGCGCUUAUCUCCAAUCUAUGUUGGGGGAAAAACUAAACAGCUUUUGCAGCGAGCCAUCUGGAAUGACACAGCUUUCCUCAAUGCAAUCAAUGUCAUGGAUUAUUCUCUGCUUGUUGGUGUGGACAGAAAACAACAGAGGCUGGUAUUUGGUAUUAUUGAUUAUUUGAGACAAUAUACGUGGGAUAAGCAGCUUGAGACCUGGGUCAAGGCAUCUCUGGUUGUUCCUAAAAAUUCAUUACCAACCAUUAUCUCCCCAAAAGAGUACAAGAAAAGGUUCAGAAAAUUCUUGUCUAGAUACUUAUUGACAGUUCCUGAUUCGUGGUGUUCUACGGAGUGUUCAGAACCUUGCAAAUUUGGUACAGGUGGGAACAGCAAAUUAUCAAGCGAACCUUCACUGUGAGAUGUUUAGUUUACAAUUUGUUUAUUCUUGGUUUUUAUAUCAAACUACACCUUAUUCUUUCCCCUGGUUUUUGCACUAUGGCUUUGCAAUAACUGUAUAUAAUCAUCAAUCAAACAGUUCCCAAGUUUGCGUUUUUUAGCAAAUUAUUUGGGUAAGUUAAUCAUCUACAGGUAUGAUUGAUAUGUAUUGUAUCUCAUACAAUGAUUUAAAGAUCACAAGAAAUACUUAAGUGUACUCCUUUGGUUAAAGUCUAUAUUAUGGAAUACAAUUUUAAAG